AUGAUGCUGAUGAUGGUGAUCAAGAUGAACAUGAUGGUGAUUAUGAACUCAAUGAUACCAAUGCUAAAAGAGCUCGGCGAUGAUGACGACGACGAUGAAGACGAUGAUGAUGAUGAAGAUGACGAUGAUGAUGAUGAUAAUAUGAUGAUGAUGAUGAUGGUGAUGGUGAUGGCGACGAUGAUGACGACGACAACGAUGGGUGUUAUUUUCGAUUACUAG